AUGCAAGGAAGAGUCUUCAGUUGUCUGUUACUGUUUGGUUUUCACACUGUGCUGUCAGAGAUAUUCGAUGUAUUUGGACCGGAUGAUCCCAUCACAGUCUCUGUGGGUGAAGAUGUUGUACUAGAGUGCCAAGUGGUCCCAGCUAUAUCUCUGAACACCUUAGAGGUUCGAUGGUUUACAUCAGAUUCAGCUUCACCAGUUCAUUUAUACACUGGAGGACAGGAUCGGCCUGACGUACAGGACAAAGAUUAUCAAGGGAGGACAGAACUGUUUAAAGAUGAGUUUCCCCGUGGAAAUGCUUCUCUGAAACUGAAGAAGAUAAAAGUGUCAGAUGAAGGGAGUUACUUGUGUUACAUUGACUCCAAAACACACCAUGAUCAAGCAGUGAUAGAUCUGAACGUUGAAGAGUUUGGAGACUGGCCUUGGGUUCACGUGGAGGAAAACAGCAAAGGAGGACUUUGUGUUGUGUGUCAAUCAGACGGAUGGUAUCCUGAGCCACUGAUUCACUGGGUAAAUGGGAAAGGAGAAGAUGUGACAGCACAGUCUGAAACAGAAUUCAUUAUGGACUCCACAGGCCUCAUCACCGUCCAGAGUCGUAUUAAUGUUACAAGUGAUUCUGUAAACAAGUUUUCGUGUUUCAUGGAAAACCAGUUUUUGAGCAAAAUACAAGAGGCUCAUCUCCAGAUAUCAGAUGAGUUCUUCCCCAGAGUCAGUGCUUGGCUUGUCAGUUUCUGGGUGUUUGUCGUCCUUGUAAUUAUGGCUAUUGCUGUUGAUGUAAUGAUCCACAGAAAAGAGGACAAAAAGAUUAAAGCACUGGGGCGUGAGCACUGGAUCCAGAUCGAUGGUUACCAUAAAAAUGGAAUUGAGCUUAUGUGUGAAUCCAAUGGAUGGUUCCCACAGCCACAGAUAUCAUGGACUGAUGGGAAUGGCCAGAACCUAACGGCACCGUCUGAAAUAAACUACCAACGUGACUCGAAUGGCCUUGUCAAUGUCCAGAGCAGUGUCACUGUAACAAAAGAUGCAACAAACAGCUUCAAGUAUCUCAUACAGAACAAGCUGUUGAAAGAAGAACAAGAAGCAGCAAUUCAGAUAGCAGGUCGGUUCAUGAUAAAAUACAGUUUUAUUUUCAAAAUAAACACUCUGUUCACGAACUCCAUAAAAACGAUUUACACAGCAGUUAGAACUUAA